AUGGGAGUUUGUAUAAGUAACAACCAAUCAGCAUAAACCGAAAUUGCAAUUGAGUAAAUGCUUCCGUCAUAAUUGAUUAAGCCUAAUCAAUCCUUGUCUAAUUCAGUGGUGGAACUGCGGAGAGGAGAGAGGAAGCGUUAAGCCAAAAUAGAGGUAGCUGAGGAACAAACUCAUGAGAAUGUAAGUAAAUAACAAAAAGAGAAAAGUCCCUUUGACUUUCAAAUGAUUUUGAAUGCAUUUGGCAAUCAUUUUAUGUUUGCUCAAAUGGAUAAUAAUGACAAAGCAAAACUGAUAGAGGAAAUGUAUUAUGUUACAACGAAAGAUUAGGAGUUCAUAUUUAAGCAGGGGGAGAAGGCAACAUUAUUUUUCAUAAUUGAACGAGGCUAAUGUUAGAUAAUAAUAAAUGGGGAGAAAAAGAGGAUAUUGAAGCCAUCUGAAUUUUUCGGAGAAUUGGCUUUGAUGUAUCAUGCUCCCCGUUCAGCUUCUGUGUGUGCAAUUGGAGAUUGCGGAUUUUGGGUUUUAGAGAGGAAUAAGUUUAGAAAGGCAGUUGAAGAUAUCUAGCAAAAGGCUUAUGAAACCAAUAGAGAAUUUCUCAUUUAAGUAAAAUUCUUUGAUUUCAUGACUGAAGAAUAGAGAGAUAGCAUUGCAAAUGUCUUAAUCACAUUAAAAUUCAAGUAAGGAGAAUCUAUAGUAAAUGAGGGUGAUAUGGCAAAUUCAUUUUAUAUCAUUUAGAAAGGAACUGUUCAAGUGAUCAAGUAAGGACAAAUCUUAAGGCAAAUGAAUCAAGGAGAGUCUUUUGGUGAAUAAGCUCUAUUUGGGAAUUGCGUAAGAGGGGCAACAGUCAAAGCACACGAUUCAGAUGUCAAUCUCUUAUCUUUAAGUAGAGAGGACAUUACAACUAUCUUGGGAGAGAAGAUUCAGUUAAUUAUUUACACCAAUAUGCAGAAAUGGGCAUUUGAAAAACACCCAUAAUUAAGGGAUUUAACUAAAAUGCAAAUCUAAAAGAUUGUUUCAAAUUUCAAGAUCAAAACAUAUGAGAGUAAUGAUUACAUCUUUAAAAUCAAUUAAUUGGUGGAUAAAUUGAUUAUUAUCCUUGAUGGACAAUUGGAAUUUGAAGGUCAAUUAUAUAACAAUGGUUAACUCUUUGGAGAUAAAUAUUUAUAAAUGGAUGAGCAAAAGAGAAAAAUAAAUAAUGACAUUAAAACUACGAGAAAAACUACAUUGUCAGAACUUUCCUAUCAUUAAUUCUUUGAAUGCAUAGGUGGGAAAUUGGAAAUUGUUGUUAAGAAAAACAAGGAUCGCUUUAAUUAUAUUUCGAGCUCAAUCGAAAAAAGAUAAAGCAAUUACUCCUUGCUUACCUUAGAAGAUUUCAUCGGAUUAAAAUUACUAGGGGAAGGAACCUUUGGAAAUGCUUAUCUAGUUAAGGAUAUACCCUAAUAAAGUAUGCAUGUCAUGAAAUGUGUCCCUAAAGUCAAUGUCAUUGCAAACAAUACAGAGAGACAUAUCAAAAACGAGAAAUAUGUGUUAGAAUUGCUUCAUCAUUCGAAUUUAGUGUGUUUUCGUAGAUCGUUUAAGGAUUAGAAUUACAUAUACUUAUUAACAGAGUACAUUCAGGGGAAGGAAUUGUUUCAUGUGAUUAGGGAAAUUGGACUAUUGAAUUCCUAUGAAACCUAGUUUUAUAUUGCUUAAAUGAUAACCAUCUUAGAGAAAAUGCAUUCCCAAAAUAUUAUUUAUAGAGAUGUCAAACCAGAAAAUUUUAUAGUUAUGGAAAAUGGUUACAUCAAAUUGAUUGAUAUGGGUACUGCCAAGGUCUUAAAGUCAAAGGCCUCCAAAACUUAUACAGUUGUUGGGACUCCCCAUUACAUGUCUCCGGAUAUCUUGAAGGGUAAGGGUUACAGUUUUUCAACCGAUCUUUGGUCCUUAGGGAUUUGCUUCUAUGAACUUAUGUGUGGAGAAGUGCCAUUUGGUGGAGAUGAAGAAGACGACCCAUUUAUUAUAGAGGAAGCCAUUUUAAAUGGGAAAUUGGAGUAUCCCCAAAUCUUGAAGGAUUUCAAGGCUAUCAAAUUAAUGGAUCAAUUGAUGAAUCGGACACCUGAAUUGAGAUUGGGAGGGUCUUAUGAUGCCUUGAAAGUGCAUCCUUGGUUCGAUGGCUUCUAGUGGGAAGAUUUAGAGGCUUCGCUGAUAAAACCACCAUACAUUCCGAAAUUAUAGUAAAUGGCCUAUGAACAUAUGCCAUUUCUAGACAUGAUCAAAAGAGAUACUAGCCCAGAAAUGAUUUGCACUUAAUAGGUUGACUGGGAUCAAGACUUUUGA